GGUUGAAGACCUCACAUCCAAUUGGAUGUCCAAACCCUCUACAUUAAGCAAACGUAAAAAAAUAGUGCUUUAUACUUAUCUACAUGUACAUAACUGUUGUCUGUAAUUUACAUAUGUAAGGUGCCAUGUGUUUUGGAAAUUAAUUGCUGCCAUAUGUACUUACAGUUGUGACGUGUGGCGUAAAGAUAAUUAUUUAUAAAUACUAACAGAAAUCUACGUAGUGCAAAGAUAUUUUUUGGAUUUUUAAUAAAUAAGACUUUUCAUAAUCAAGUGAGAACUUAACAAAUUCAAAUAUAUAAAAUGGAAGAAAUAAAUCGAAUAAGAAAAUGGGAGUGCUCGAAACGUUUUAAAACCAAUGCUCAUCUAAGGAGACAUGUCGUCGUUCACGACCUAGAUGGACAAAUAAAAUGCGAGAUUUGCGGCAAAACAUUGACAACUUUAUCUCUACCAGGCCAUCUUUCAAACGUGCAUGGAAAUCAGGAAAAUUUGCCAUGUGACAUUUGUCACAAAGAGUUCCGUUCUCUCCCAUAUUUACGACAACAUAUAAAAACCGCUCAUUGCGCGACCCCACGAUUAAGAAUUCCAUGCAGAUUUGAAGCUUGUGGCAAGUCAUUUAUGACAAAGGCAAGUCUACGGACGCACUUUAAAACGGAGCAUGAAGCAAAUUCGGUUCGAUUUGCUUGUCCCAUUUGUGGAAAAAAAUUUAAACUUCAGGGCGCUUUAACUCAACACCUUGGCACUCAUACGACGGAGAAACCUUUCAAAUGUGGGACGUGUGGGAGGAGCUUCGUUACGAUGAGUGUACUCAGACUACACCACCAGGCGAUCCAUUUGGACAAUUCUGCUCGGAUUAGAUUUACUUGUCCUGAGUGUCCGUGGACCUUUUUAUCCAAGUCGGGCAUCCACUGUCAUACAAAAUAUUAUCAUUCCACCCUGAAACAAUAUUCAUGUCCGUCAUGCCAAUUCAAAACCCAAUACAAGAUCAACAUGUCCACCCAUUUUAAGCGGAUGCACGACCCAGCUUCUAGAAGACUGUUUGAGUGCUAUUUUUGUGGCAGGAAGUUGAUAUCUAGAGCAGGUCUAGAUCGUCAUAUCAAUACUCAUACGACGGAACGAGAACAAGUGCGGUGCACUUUUCCCGGAUUCGGUAGCACAUUUUCGAGCAAGUAUAGUGUUAACGGGCACUGGAAAAUGGAGCAUGCCGAGAAUCCCGUCCGUUUUGGGUGUACCUUGUGCACAAAGGAAUUUAAAAAUAGGGGGAAUUUGAACAAACACAUUGCCACUCAUACGAAGGAGAAAACCAACAAGUGUGCCACGUGUGGGUGGAGUUUUUUAGAUAUCAGCGCCCUUGUAAGGCAUAGGUGGACGCACCAACAAGACUCGACCGGUCAACCAGUUUUCCCUUGCCAGGAAUGCCCUCGCACUUAUCUAGACAAGAAUAGUCUUACGUUUCACGUAAAAAGCUAUCACAGUUCUGCAGCAACGAUACAUUCUUGCAAGUUUUGCGACUAUACAACCAACUAUAAAUCUCAUCUAAAUCGUCACAUGAAACGGAAGAACAAUUUUAAAGGAUAGACUACCAGGUAUUUGUGUAGAAACAAAUCUUCAGAUGCUCUGGGCAGAAAAAUCACAUUAUAAACAAAUACACGGUAGCGAUAAAUAUUUGAUGCUUUACAAAUAGAAAUUUAGUUAUAAUAAGAUGACGAAUUAAAUCUAAUUCUUUAUCCGGAAGACUUUUUAAAUUUAGACUACAAAGAUUGAAAAUCGUUGCGUUAUAAAAGCUAUAUAGUUAACCUCAAUAUGAAAAAGUUACAUACUGCUAGAUUAAAUUCACAAAUAUUGGACACAAUAAUUAAUUACUUAUUACUGCUGCGUGUUGAUUCAAUUAGCAUGAUUACAUGCUCGACUUUGACUCACGGAAUAUGUAUGUAUCAAAAAUCGAUUAACUAUUUACAUAUGUAUGUAAAUAUAGAUUUAAGAACUGAACCUACAUACGUACAAAGAGCUUACACAAUUAUGAGCUACUUUUUUUUGAAGAUAUGUUUUGAAAUUUGCGCGUAAAUUUGAUCAAGAACAUAAUACAUAAAUCAAGAAUGGAUAAUAAAG